AUGAUUGGUCAGCAGACACUAAGCCAAAACGUGGCACGUGCCGCUAUCGGCGCAAAACCGUCUAUCGCAACCAUCCAUGGUUUGAGCGCUACCAUCGGCUGGCUCCACUGUCGACCCAUUGUCUACGAAUGGCAAGAACCCUCCAUGGCCCCUGUUGGCCGAGGAGCCGAAGAUCCAUGGGAAAAUCCCCUUUUCUCCUUACCAACCUUUUUUUCGCAGUCGUCCUACAUCAUCGGCGUCGUUAUCGUUAGCAUUGGAGAAGCAAUCUAA